CCCCGCCCCGCCUGCCGAGCCCGGGCUAGCCGUCCGGCGCCCCUCAUCUCGGGAGCGCUGGCUCUGCCGGCGGAGAAAUGGACCAGUUUUGACAAGAUGUAGUACUGCACCGUGCCUGAUGGAAUAUGUUCAGCCAUGGCAUCCGAACUUUGUAAGACGAUCUCUGUGGCAAGGCUGGAAAAGCACAAGAAUUUGUUCUUAAAUUAUAGGAAUCUGCAGCAUUUCCCAUUGGAGUUACUGAAAGAUGAGGGACUACAGUACUUGGAGAGACUCUACAUGAAAAGGAACUCCCUUACAACCUUGCCAGAAAACCUUGCUCAGAAGCUUCCAAACCUUGUGGAACUGUAUCUUCACUCAAAUAACAUAGUUGUGGUUCCGGAAGCCAUUGGGUCCCUUGUAAAACUACAAUGUUUGGAUCUUAGUGACAAUGCCUUAGAAAUCGUUUGCCCAGAAAUUGGUCGUCUGAGAGCUUUACGUCAUCUUCGAUUAGCUAAUAACCAACUGCAAUUCCUACCUCCAGAUUUAGGUCGAUCUCGAGAACUUCAGUACGUGUACGUGGAUAACAACAUUCAUCUGAAAGGCUUGCCAUCCUUUCUGUACAACAAAGUCAUCGGGUGCAGUGGCUGUGGUGCUCCCAUUCAAGUUUCUGAGGUGAAGCUGCUUUCCUUUUCAUCAGGGCAACUAACCGUUUUCCUCCCUGCUGAGGUGAAGGCCAUAGGGACAGAGAAGGAUCACGUCCUGCCUCUGCAGGAGCUGGCCAUGAGGACUCUGCAUCACACCUACCACGCUUCUCUAAAAGAUCUGGACUUCCUGUCUCCAGUCUCAUUGCCCAGAAGCCUGCUGGAGCUGCUGCACUGCCCCCUGGGACACUGUCACCGGUGCAGCGAGCCCAUGUUUACGAUCGUCUACCCCAAGCUCUUUCCCUUGAGAGAGACGCCAAUGGCAGGGCUGCACCAAGGGAGGACAACUGUGAGUUUUGUGGCUUACUGCUGCUCCACCCAGUGUCUGCAGACUUUUGACCUACUGAGUUGAUAAACACUCAAGAGCCUCAGGAGCGGUGCCAGCUUGACACUGCAGUUGCCCGCAUACCACACACUGUGCGGCAGAGGGGUGGAGAGUCCAGCCAGGCCCAGCAGCCCUUGCGUCCUGCCACACUCAGAGACUGAAGGACUCUGGAACGGCACGAUCAAGCGUCAGAACUGAAAUGCCUUCACCCUUCCCCAAAGUUGGAAUAUAGCCUCCCCCGACUUAAGAACCCUUGGUCAUCUGUGUUUUUCUUUUUAUGUGAGUGUGUCUCAAUAUGCAGAUGAUUUAGUUUUGAUAUGCCUCCCCAAAUCUAAUUUAGAGCAAGUUUCAGCUCUCUGAAGAACUAUAAUUUGAUAAUAUAACCAAAUUAACUUUUGAACAUAUAUACCUUCAAUGGUACUUGUAAUCUUCUCUUCUCUCUUUCUUCCCCCAGUGAUUUAUUCCCCAGAGGUUACUCUCCAUGUUUUUAACAAAUUUCAGCCAACCCUAUGACCUCAAUAGUAUUGAACUGUUGGCAGAGGGGUGGGGGUAAGGGUUGGGGGUGCAGGGGAGGCCAGAGAGGGUGCCUGAGUUGGCUCCAAGCUGGACUCUAGUAGGGGCUUCACAAGGGUCCUAGCACACACCCUUUAGAAAGUUACAACCUUGUUUAUAAAGUUUUGCAACCUAUUUUGUGAGGGUUUUAAAAAUAAAACUAGGCUAUAAAUGAAAUAGACACUUUUGAAAGACUACAAAAAAUAAUUUUUGAAUUUUUUAUUCCCUGAUAAGAUUUUUUUUUUUAAUUUGAGAAGAGUUUGAGAAAUAUUUGAGGCUUUAAAAGAAUCUGAUUCUUUUCUUUCUGGAUUUAAGCAUUUUCUGGCUAUUGAGAAAGGGAGAGAACACAUCAAAAUAUGACCUCUGGUGUUUCUUGUUAGAUGGAUUCUUACACUGACUUUGAAAUAUCUUUGUUACAUAUGAUAAACAAGUCUCAGCUACUUCUACUAGUUUUUAGCAAGGUGAUUCUAAGUACAGUCUGUGCACAUUUAUUUAAAUACCUGCGGCAUUAGAUAAUCUUCAUUUUGACCCUAGAUUUCUUAAGUGCCUGACACACUGUUGUCCAGAUAACAGUGAGAAAACACAGGAAACACAGGUCCAAAUUCAGCCUCGGACUUUGCAAAAAGGCCAUAAAUGGAAAGUGUGAGAUUGUACUCUGACAUAAGAUAAUGCUUAGUGGAGGACUCACAUAUUUGCUCUUCCCUUGAAAGGAUGGCAUUUUAAUGUUGCUUUGCUGCCAGAUGUUCAUCUGGUUGCUGUGAACUGAUUCUUUUUUAACGUUUUUAAAAAGUUUAAUUGUACAUAGUUUUCUCUAAAGGCAGGAUUAAAAGGGAACCAAGAAGGUUUACUUGGUAGGAAAAUGAUUUUCCAAAAAUUUUAGAUUUGUCAAAAAUUUGGUUUAUGGAAUUUUAUUAGCUGCCCUAAAUCUGUAAUGCUAGGCUCUAACAGUGCUAAAAAAUCCUACAUAGUUACUGACGAAUGUGUGAUCUUUUCACAGUCACACCACCUGCUGCCCGGAAAGCAGACUAUACACAUAGAAUGGUGAAGGCAGAACAUUAUCAACUGUAUUUCCACUGUUCUUACUUCCUCUUUUCCCUUUCAUAACUUGGCCUCUUCAGCCUUAAUCUUUCAAAGGCUUAUAGUAUAAUAGGAACUGAAGAUCCAUAUCAAAUGUAACACUUCUUUCAUCUUUUGCAAUAAUUGAAGUUUUAGUGUAACCCCUCCAUGUAUAUAAAUUGGGAGGUGAAAAUGUGGCAUGAAAUUUCACAAAUGUGGUUCAGGCCUAAGAGGCUGCUACCUAUCAUUUAAGUGACAGUAAUAUGUUUCAACAUCUUUCUACUUCACCCUCUACAAUCAUAUAUCUUAAAAUGGAGUUGUGAAAUUUGAUAACCUAAUAUUCAGGAUUCUAUUGAAACAGGAUAGGUAAUACUUUUAACUUGUUUGAGAUUUUACAAAGACAGCUACAAUCCAAACAGCCUGUGUACGAAUAAUGUAAGUUGAACUCCAGCAGUGGGCUAGGCAGACAACAUUUGGAUGGUCUCAGCCUUAAUCCUGAGACCAGAACCCAAUUUGAUGCAGAAUCCAAUUUAAUUGAUGAGUAAUGGAACUUAUAAUUUGACUUCUUUGGUGCUAUUCAUUCAUUGGUGUCAUUCUUAACCUUUUAAUAUUAUAAAGGUGUAUUGUAGACUGGAGAAGAUUUGCCUACAUUCUAAAUAUUUAAUUGUGUCCAGAGCUUUGCAGAAAAUUCUUAAGUUAUUAUAUAUGUGUUUUCCUGAGCAAUGGUUAUCUUAGGUAGAGAAAUACUUCAUGCAAUUAUAAUGAUGCCCCAAAAGUUAAUUGUCUGGAAAAUAUAGCCUGUUCAGGUAAGUUUACAUCAAUAAUCUGAUAUGUGGAUAUUGGUAAAUUUUAAAAUCCAGGAUACUCUUUUGGGCAUAGACCUUCUUAAGAUACAGUUCAUAGAGGAUCCAUUUAAACUGGAUUACUGUAUCAAUGUUCUUCGAAAUGCCAAGUUGUUAUUAUACAAAAAUCCUCAAUUACAUAACAUUGCAUAGAUGAAUGAAAUGUUGCAUCUUUGAUGAAUAAAAUGCAUAUUUUGAGCAGACUUUAAUAGUUUUAAAACUGACCAAUACACAGAAGAGUCCUGGCUAGUGGAGGAUACGUUCUGGUUAAUAGAAGGAUGAACUCCUUUGUUAUCUGACCCUCCUUUUCUGGAAAAGCAUGGUUUACAUUAAACAUCUUUUGGUCAACGUACUCAACACUCACUAAAACCUUUCACACUCUGGCUUGUCUUCCUAGUUUAAUGUACAUCUCUCUUUUCUUCCACAUUUAAUUCCACAAAUUAAAAUGUUCACAAUUUAAGAAAAAUACUUCAAUACCAGUUGGCUUACAAGGCUUUACACAUAGUUUUCUGUAAAAUACAUACCUAUUUUGUAAUCUUUCAAAACCACUUUUAGAAAUUAUUAAUAGUAAAAUUAGGUUUCUGUUUCCUGAGUUGAAAAAUCAGACAUGUUCAUCUUUAUUGUAAAAGGCUUAAACAUGAUACAUUGCUUCAGGAGAAAUCAAAACAUUUUUAUUCAGAUGAUUUAUGAUCAUGGAUUCCUAACUGAGCCAACACUAAUGCAACCUGAUGUAAUUCAAUAUUGAGAUGUAAAUUCAUUUCAUAGACUCAAAAUCUUAUUUAAAAAUCAGGAGUCUUAUUUUAAAAUGUAUCCUUACAUAACCCUGGACAAUUUAUUAUGCUCUUAUUAUUUUCGUGGUUUUCAUCAGCUCUUGCUUACACUCCUGAUGAGGCUCUUCUACGUUUAUCCAGGAAAGUUAAGUGAUAUCUUGCCUUCUGUUAAACUGAGGGAAUUUUUAUGAAGUCUGUAUUCUUGAAAAUAACUACAUGGCUAUCUAAAACUCAUUCAAGUCUCACUAUCCCUACCCAGGAAGUACCUCCCUGUGCUAGUAGCUGAUAGAUCUGGAAGUGAUGCAAGUGUCUCUAGGAAAGGGAUUGAUCAUAGCUGAAUGCCUGUUAUCCUUGGUCAGGAAAAGAGACUGCUUCACAGUCUAGGAUAUUCUCUUUGAUGCAUGGCUGUAUGGUACACAGAGACCGAAAGGUACUGAAGCCCAGGGUGCCAGCUGGACAGAAGGUGGAGUGUUUGGAAGUCAUUUCUAUAUGUAAUUAAGAGACUUGCAAGGAUUGGCCAGGUUUCCCCCAGCCCCCCUGCCUCCAGUUCACCUUAGAGCAGAGUGUGGAUUAUCCUUGCUACCUGUCAGGUUUUGCUUCUCAUAGCAAUUUUGAGACUAUAGUAUACCAAGAUUCCUUCCUUCCUUCCUUCCCUCCUUUGUUUUUAUAUUGUGAAAAAAUUUCCUAAUACUCUGAGUCUGUCUGCUGAAACAUUUUGACACUACUCAUUUGUAGUGUGGAUAUUUUCUACGAUUCAUAUUAUAUCCACUUUGGUCAUUCUCACAGAUACUGCUGUUUAUAGAAUGGUUGAGCUUGAACCAUGUCAAUGCAUAGAAAUGUCAAUGGUGAUGACUUUAUUGUUUUAACCAGAUUCACUUUGUUAAGGAAAAUAAAGACAUUAAAUACUUAAAGCCAGCCAAAAUGGUGGCAUAAGGACCUCUGGAAAUUCUCUCCUCCAUAAAGACAAGGAAAAAAUUUGCAAAAAAAAUCAGAGUCAACUUUUUUCAGAUCUCUGGAAAUUAAUCUUGCAGCAUCCCAAGAAGUAUUUAUGCAAGAGAAAUAGCUGAAUCUCAGCAAGAACUGUAAGUUUUAUGGUAUUUUAACUAGUUUUAUUUCCAUUCCCCCUGCCCAUUUCUAGUACUGCUUAUCCCUGAAGACCAACAGUUCACAAUCAUGGUAGAAGCAGCAGCAUAGAAGCCACUGGAAGAAUGGGGUUGGAGCUCCUUCAAUGCUUCAUUCCCAGGGAAUUGUUUGGUGGUUUCCCAGAGUACCUCACUUGCAAAACUGUCUUUAUUUUCUCUGAUCAGAGUUUGCCACCAGUGCUUUUCCAAGUAUUUAAUGAGAAAAAAAUCAGAGGCAUUUGUGGCUGCCUGAAGUAAUAGCCAUUGGAGCAAACAACAGGCUAACCAUAAACUAAAAAGGAAAAGUUGAGUAAUGAGAGGCUUCAAAAAGCUCUGCCAUUCCUGGGAAUUUAGAUGACCUUGUACAUGCAUAGACAGGGACUUUGCACAAGCCAAGGAUUGUUACUCCUGCUCAGGAAAGACCUGGAGACAUCUUAACUCUCACCUUAGGUUGAUCUUGGUGAACUGCUCAAGCAGAAAGUGAAGAUGAAGGCAGAGUUGUCAACCUCCUGGCUGGGUGUUGGGUGUUGGAGGAUGUCCCAACACUCAUACAAAGCUGUCAGCAAAGACUGGGAGAGUUACUGGCUUCAGGUGCUUAUGUAAGUACUGUCUAAUCAUUGGGUGACUAAGAAACUACCUGAGAAAGACUUCAGAGUCUAUCUUUUAUGAAGAAUAUGGACUUCAAAGAAUUAGUUCAGAUGAGUUGCUGGACAACCAAAACCAGCAACUUCAUCAAACUCUUAGCAAAGAGGUAAGUAAAUCUAAUUUCUAAAGUUAUCCUAUUAGUUUUCCUCAAAAAAAAUUAUGAGACAUGCAAGAAAUAAGUGUGCCCCAUAAAAAGUGGAAAAAUUCAAUAAACUGUCUUGAGGAAAUCCAAACGUUGGAAUAUGUAAAGACUUUAAAUUGACUAUUUUAAUAUAUUCAUAUAACUAAAGUAUGAAAAUGAUGUAUCACCAAGUAGAAAACAUCAAUAAAAAGAUAGAAAUUAUUUU